CGUCUGCCGGAGAGGAUUUAGUACGGUCGUGACGUUCGCUCGUGACGCGCUGUGUAAGUGCGCGAGUGCGUUACAACGGAGGAAAAGAAAAAGGGAAAAAUUCGCGCCGCGAUCUGGGUUGCAUGAGUGCGUGUGUGUGUGUGCGAGUUUGGCUGUGUAUGUGAGUGUAUGUAAACUAAGGUACAGCCAAGGGGUGCGAGAGGAUAGUUUUAGUAGGGAUGAUGUGUGGCACGUGAAAUUAUAAGGGUGAUUUUAGAAAAGUGUUGAUAGAACGAAAAAUUGUGACUGCUGGCCAGUGUUUCGUGCGAACAAGAGUUUCUGGCACGAAUUCUUGAAUUAGGAAACGAGAAUUUCCCAGCAGAUUCUGAAGUAUUUCGUCAUUAUUUAGACACCGUUUUCCGUGACAUCCCAACCAACGCGAAAGGAUAAUCGGUAACUAUUCGUGCUAGUGUGAGCGAGACAAAAGCCCAGUAACACACGUGAGAGGAAUCAGAAAUAAACAUACACACCAACAAGAAUCGCACAGCAGGGAUUGCGUGCGCGGGAAGAAAAUCGAUAAAUUUCACUCAAGGUUAUUCACACUGGGCCGGGUGGAUUGUUCGCUGUGUGUGUCGCGUCCGUGCCAGUGUGGUAAUUCCGGGCACAACAAUCGAAGCUCUAGGACGCUGAGCACUCCCAGUGACAGCGAAAGGGUGGCUCGCGCAGAUUCUCGCCAGUUGUCUGUCCACCGUCCAAGGGAGGGUCGCUUCCGUGGCCUGGGGCUGCUCGCGGAAACAAAACCGGGACAAUCCGGAAUAAAUUGAGCGUUCCGUUGCCGAAUUGCAUGCUCGUUUUGGGCUGUGUCUGCAACGGAAGAGACUUUGCGUGGCUGAGUGUGUAUGUGGUUGUGUCUCCUUUUUGAAGCAGUAUUUACGUAAAGUAAACAAAAGAAACAGACGAAAAGCUAGCUGAACGUUAAAGUGGAAAAAAGCCAACUCGGCAGAGACGCAAAAGCCGGAAAAGUAGCGGCCAAAAGCGACGAGACAAAUGGUCAAACCCUUAGCGCACGGCCUUGGCUACCGCAUCGUUGGACGUUGACAACACGACGCGCGAGUCGAAGGCGAGUCAUGAAAAAUGUAAAUUUCAUUUCGAACCAUCCAUGAAACGGACCGUUUCCGGUGCGACCAAAGGAGACAGCGAAGCAGAGCAUUGGGAUUGUGACAAACUGUGUCGGUCUGCGUGUGUGUGUGUGUGUUUGUGUGCUCUACCAGAAGAAAACCAGAAAUCAGCAACCAAACCCAGCAGGCCAUGAAUCGGUGUGCCUCAUUUGUUCGACGAUGGUUUUCCAGCAGCGCUGGUGCAAAUGGUGAUGUCUUGCGGUUGACUUCAGGUAGCAGCAGCAGCAGUGCGAAGGAUCUUCCCCGGUGCGUGGCACUAAAACUCAACUAGAAUUGCCAAGUGGAAGUUUGCCAUUUCCAUUUGCAGAACGCUGCUAACAGUGUAUGUGUGUGUGUGUGAGUGAGAGUGGUUGGGAGUGUGCUUGGGAGUAAGAGUGAGUGUAUAGUGAACACACGUGCAUCACCAGGUGUGCAGCAUCUCAACAAAAUGGUGAUCGGUGGCAGAAUGUGGGCGAUAGUGGGGCUGCUCCUGGUGACGGUGUGUGGUUUCGGCGCGAGUUCCGGUGGGAGCCCGUCGCUCCAGUGGGAGCAUCUGGUGGACUUUGAUCCCAACUAUCGGCUGCUGUGGAGUGUCGGCAGUGCGGAGGUGACGUUCGAGAUUCAGGCCCGCACCCUCGGGUACGUCGGCGUUGGGUUUUCGCGCGACGGCACACUGAUUGGGGCGGACCUUGCCGUCGGUUGGAUCGACCAGGGACACGUCUAUCUGCAGGAUCGUCACAUUCGCCCGGACAGUGACGGUGAACCAAUCUACGAUGCCUCGCAGGACUACACGCUGCUGCUCGGCUACGAGAACACUACCCACACCGUAAUUAGAUUUAAGCGCAAUCUGGAUACCUGUGAUAUGAAGGAUGACUUCCCGAUAACGAACGACACGAUGCGCGUCCUCUUCCUGUACUCGAAGGAAAAGCCCCGCUCGGGCCCGAACGCUCCCCUGCCCCAGCCGCUCGUGGCCUUCAAGGGGUCGCGCUCGAUCUUCCUGACGCAGCGCUCGGCCCAGGACGAGCUGUCGAACGCACCGAGCGUCAGCAUACUCGAGCUGCGCAACGAAGACGUCGAGCUGCCGGAUAGCGACGAAAGUCUGUACUGGUGCAAAAUCUUCAAGCUGGACGACUUUGCCCAAAAGCAUCACCUCGUGCGGUACGAACCAGUGUUCGAUUCCAGCACCAGCGUCCUCUACCUGAACCACCUCAUCCUGUACGAGUGCCAGGGGCUGUCGCCGGACCUGGAGCAACUGUCCCGCGAGCGCGGCCAGCCCUGCUUCCGGCUGCAACCGAUGCACUGCAACACCGUCGUAGCUAAUUGGGCCCGCGGAUCUGACGGUUUCACCUUCCCACCCGAAGCGGGCUACCCGCUCGAAUCGCACCAGGCCACGUACUACAUGCUCGAGACGCACUACAACUAUCCCGACUACACGUACGACUUCUCGCCGUUCUAUCGGAAGAAUCUCAGCAAGCAGCAGCGCAACAUGGGCAUUAAAUCGCGCGAACCACAGCCAGCGGAAGACAGCGACCCGCUGGCAGUGUCGGCCAGCACCGAGCACGGCGAGGACGGUGAGCAGGACGACGGGGACGACAGUAUCGCGAUGGAGCAACAGAUGGUGGACAACUCGGGCCUGAAGCUGUACUACACGCGCAAGCUACGCCAGCAUGAUGCCGGCGUACUGUCCGUUGGGUUGGAUCCGAACUGGCGCCACAUUAUACCCCCGCGACAGGAGAAGGUCGUCUCGCAGGGCCACUGCAUUGGGGCCUGCACGCAGCACGCGUUUCCGCGCGACGGCAUCAACAUCUUUGCGGUGAUGAGCCGCACGCAUCUCAUUGGACGACAGGUCACGCUGCGCCAGAUGCGAGGAAACGCCGAGCUGCCACCGAUCAUGCGUGACACAAACAUCGAUCCAAGCUACCAGGACUACCGGCGGCUAACCGUACCGACGCGGGUACUGCCAGGUGACAGUCUCGUUGCGGAAUGUAUCUAUGACAGCUCGUCCCGCAAAUCCAUCACGCUCGGUGGCAUGACGACCCGGGAGGAAAUCUGUCUCAUCCUGACACUGUACUACCCUCGUCAGCGCGAGCUGACAUCGUGCCAUUCGCUGCCAAGUCUGCCGACCGUGCUGCACUCGCUGGGCAUCGAGGAGCUCGCCUCUGGCACCAAUCCCGUCGUGAUAGCUUCACCGGCCGAGCUGGCAGGCAUGACGCUGGAAAGACGUCUCACGUCCUACGACUGGGAGAAUCAGUUCGAGAGCUUCCAGGACGCCACGCGGCAGGGUUCGUUCAAGCCGCUCUGCUGGACACCGACCAACACGAUGCUACCGGGCAUCGAGUCGGAAUCGUACGGUAGCAACGUCACGCGCCACUGGAAACCGGUGGACAAGUGUCGAAACAUUCACACCAACCUGGUCACCGAUGCGGGCCCGAACAUGAUCGAUAUGCCGGCGAUGGACGACCACGAGUCGACCAAUAUGAUCGACAUCGAUCUGAAGGCAAAGAUGUCCCGCAGCGGUCAGCAGACGCCACCGACCACCAACCAUCGGCAGGUCGGUCGGAGCGCCAGUUCCACGGUGGCCGAAUCGUUCGUCGCCCUCGCGGUCGCGGCACUGCUCGGGUUUGCGCUGCAGUAAGGCAGGAACGGUGCCACCGGAGUGGGGAUAUCAACCAAACACACGGAAAGCAAUAAAAUACCACAAAUCGCUCUUAUCGACGGAAGCUCAUUAAAUGCCCGCGUAAACGGAAACAAUACUGUACGUGCACGGGGGAGGGUCGGUGGGCACGGUUUUGGGGGGAAGGGUUACGAAAAAUGAGUUGCUCGCUUAUCUGUAAAUAUGUCAUGUAUCAAACGUGCCCGGCAGCAGUAGCAGCAGCAGCAGCAGCAGCAGCAGCAGUGGUAUCAUAUGUAUAGGUGAAGCUGCAUGACGGGCACAACGAGCGGGGAGCGCAUGUAUAUAAUCACACUGAUCAUGUAAAACCAUCUAAUAUUAGCACCGUAAGGAGAGGAGAAAGGCGUAAAAAAGGAAGAAGAAAAAAACAACAUCCGGAGCAUUCGAAAUGAAUUCAGCUGCAUCCGACAAACAGUCACCUUCAUGGACAUUGUAGAGCGUUGAGUAAUGUUUAGUGCUUGAUUUAGGAAAGUGUUGUAUCUUGUUUCUCUUUUGCAUAUUUUGUAGUAUUUCUGUUUUUUAUUCUUGCUUUCGUUGAAUGCUUUUCUAUUUUGCUUUUCUACACACUGUAUUUACCAAAGCAAAUUAUUGUGCUAGUUGUCAAAGACGUAUCAUCAGCAUCAUCAGUUAUCAUCGACACACCGUACGAAACCGGUAGUUCCUUUUGCGACACAGAAUAGAAACGGGGACUAAGGUACUAAGGUGAAUAGCAUAAAUGCAGGCGCGAAUACAAUUGUGUAAUGUCUAAGCUAAAACAAACGGAUAAAAAAACACUGCAACACUCAAACCACAAACCAAAGUGAUUAUGGAAUAAAAUGUCAAACAGAUAA